GAUGUCGCCAAAAAAACUGCGCGUGACGUCAUUGACAUGCGCCGCGAUCGGUCUGCGACCAAAACAACGCCUGAUAAUAUCACUUUUAACGAUAUCAUUGAUAAUGGAAUAUUGAUCGGAAUUUAUUCGUACUGCCUUAAAGGUCCUGCAUACCUCAUUCUUGAGACCGACACACGACCUUUUAAACAAAAUUAGAAGAGUACGUCCAAACAGACAAGAAUUCCAGUUCCAAGAUCCAAACUUUCGAUGGUGGAAUCUUGCUAAAAACACAAAAGGGGGGAGAGGAUCCCGGGAGGAAUGGGGUAGAGUUUGCGAUGAGGGUCCCGGCACCAAACAGCUCCGAUCGGGCAGAAUCAGGCUCAGGGGAGAUGCCUGAAAAUGGACGCUCCAGGAGGAAACGGGUGCCGAAGAUGUGCGACUGCUGUGGGCCCAACGGCAAGCCCCAUGUUCCAGGACAUGAGCAGGUUUCCAAGAAACGUGGCCGCAAGAAAAAAGAGAUGGUGAGCCAAGAAGAAGUGGCCGCGGAGGAGGUGGUGAGCACAUCAGGGGUUGUAACUUUGGAAGCAGACGCAGUGGAUGCAGGGUCUGUGUCUGAGAUGGAGGAGGCACCGUCUCCCAGAGGGAAGCCAGACUUUUCCCAAACUGAGAGUGCGAGUGAAAGCACGGUCAUGGUGAAUGGCUUGGAGAACAGUGUUCAUACUGACUGUACGCAUCCCAGUGACACCAAAGAGCUGAGCAGUUCUGAAACACUGAAUGACUUGAUGAAGAAACCCUCAGAUUCUUCCUUGAUCAGCGCAGAGCCGGACCUUUCCGCUCACAAUGAUGCCAUGGAAACCGAGCCGCCCAGCUUGUGCGCUAAUGUAAACAAGGCUUCCUGGGACCACCACUACUGCAAACCCCUCGCUGGGGAGAACAGAAGCGACUCCACGGAGGGGACAGGCCACGCGUCUGCACUUCCUCCUGUUGAAUUUACAACUGAGGGCAUCAUCGAGUGUAUUCAUGAAUUCCUUGAGCAGUUCUAUGGGAAAUAUGGAAGCUUCACCCCAUUAAGUGACACUGAUGUCCUUGAUCACCUAAAUAAGAUCUUUCAGUCUGAUCUAAAAGACAGGAUGAAGCUGAUAACAACUGAAGUGGCCAAGUACAGGGCAGGUCUGGCCUGUGCUCCUAUGCAUUUCUUCCAAGUGACCUACAACAAGCACACUUUGACCUUAGAUGACCUUUCAACACUUGAUGACCAAAACUGGGUGAAUGAUCAGGUGAUUAACAUGUAUGGAGAAUUGAUCAUGGAAGCUACAAACCAUAAGGUUCAUUUCUUCAACAGUUUUUUUUACCGACAGUUUGUAGCAAAAGGUUAUGAAGGAGUGAGACGGUGGACCAAAAAGGUUGAUCUGUUUUCUAAGACAUUGAUUCUGAUUCCUCUUCACCUGGAGAUCCACUGGUCGCUCAUAACCGUGGACGUCUCCAAGCAGAACAUCAACUUCUAUGACUCGCAGGGCAUCCUGUUCAAGUUUGCUGUGGAUAACAUCCUUAAAUACAUCCUGGCAGAAGCAAAAGAGAAGAAGCAACUUGUCUUUCAGAAGGGCUGGAAGAUGGUCGUCAACAAGACCAUUCCACAGCAGAAGAACGACAAUGACUGUGGAGUUUUUGUCUUGGAGUACUGCAAGUGCCUGGCGUUCAUGAAGCCGCUGCUGUUCACUCAAGAGGACAUGCCACGAGUCCGCAAGAGGAUCUACAGAGAGCUCUGCGACUGCAGACUGUCUGAGUGUUCAAAUCAAGACAAAGCCACAUAGAUUUGAGGACUCGUAGACUUGUGUCUGGAUGAUGAGCACAACAGGUGGGAAUGGACUUCACAGCAAGACAAAGAAAUCCAAAGUUUUGGUCAGGCAAAGCUGGAAAUUCCCAAUAUAUGAGCCUGUCCAAACAUUCCUGUUGGUUCAGCCACUGGAAAGGCUUGCUGGAGUUUUUUUUUUGCAGGUUGCGUUUACCUCUUCGCUUGACACAGCGGUUCAGAUAUGCCUUUUUCCCAGCGCCCUCAACCUCGAAUUUAACGAAGGCUGUGACAGCUUCUCAGAGAACAAGGUGGCUGUUCAGAAACAAAUGAGAAAAUCUUCAGCAAUGGAGAAAUUGUUUUCUGGCAACCACAAUUGCAAGCGUGUGGAUAUUUUUUUUUAAACUUAUUUUAAAUUUCAUUUAUUGCCAUUCAUCUUAGAACACAGCCAUAACACAGACUACGUGUUUCUAAUCAGGUUUCUUUGUGCAAAGAAAAUAGUCUUUGCUUUGCAACAUGAAACUUGAAGGACUUUCAUAGAUUAUAAAUAUCAUGCCGUUGCUGAGUUACAAGAAGCUUUUAUAAAGGCUUUUAAUGAAUGUACUGUUAAACAUGAGAAUUCUACUUGUACAGUCAAGCUUGUAACUUGAAAGCAAAUUUUGUGGCGAAACCUGAAGUCCUGGACCAGAUUUGCUUUGUUAAAAUUUGAUCAACUUCAAAAUAUGUUCCAAGUUCCCAGAUGUUCUGUGGUUUUUAAUGAAAAAGCCACAGGAUCGAUGUGUAAUAUCAGGCUGCUUGCUGUAAACCACCGGCAUUAUUUGACCGUUUUGUUGUUGCAAACUGCUGUUCUCUCAAUUCUGAGCACUUUCCGUUGUUUUUCUAAAAUGUGUCAGCGGUUAAAAUGGUUUUUGUAGCAUGUAGAUUUGUCAUUAAUUGAAGUCAGUUAAAGGUCAUUUUAAAAUGAGCACAGAGUUUGUUGCAGUGAGAGCUGCAGGUUUCUGCCUUUUAUUUAUAUUCUUUUCUUUUUCUUAAUGGCGAAGACCGAUCUGAAGAAAUCAUCUAAAACCGCCGUUCUAUCAUUGGUUAAAACAAACACUGAAGGCUAAGUCCACGCAAAACUUCAGAAUGCUGAUUGUUGCGGUUGUGAUGUGUUUGAGUCACAUCAUCAUCAGUUCUGUGUGAGGAACGUUUUUCUACCUUGUAAUGCAGUUUGGUACAAAUAUGUCAGAAUUGUAGCUUUAUACUUUUGUCAGUGAUCCACCAUUCAAGAGAGAUACUGUCAUUUUAGUUACUUGAAAUUUACCAACAAAUCAUAACCUCAGACUGAGUUUCUGACUACUAGUUUCAUCAUUAUUUAAAAAUACAUAAAAUCAUGUUAAAUAAA